AUGAAGAACUCGCGAAACAUGGUGGAGGUGGGAAGAAGCGGGACGGAAAAGGGGGUUCGACUCCCGGCGUAAGCGAGCUUUACAAUUCGCAAAGUGAGUUUUUCUCUCGCUUCCGCUCCUGGCCUAUUAGAGGAUAGCGCUAGUUCGUGUGUACACAGAGGGAAGAGAGGGCUGAAGUCUUCUCGCAUUAAAAAUCGAAGGCAAAGCACCGCAGGAGAAGAGGGUAAAGAGGAGACGCUCUUCUGUGUGACCACGGGUUGGAGUAAGCGGCACUAGUGCUGUGAGCGGUGAUUUGAAGUGAUGACAAAAAAAAAACUCUUGGGUCUUCAGGCGUGCUGACAGAUUAUUGAUUGAUCAUUUGUAAAUGCUGGUGUGUUGGCAUGCCAUGGAGUUGCCACCCUGUACCCCUCCACGCCAGGUGUUGGCAAGUCAAUAGGUAGGUGUGUCUUUUUUAUUCGCAUCGACCCCGUUACCCGGUGGCCAAUGAAAAGACACGUGCCAGAGGGAAAUAUC